UCCCCAGACGUGGCUCUUCGGCUACGAGCUGACCGACACGGUGAUGCUGUUCUGCGAGGAGCGCGCUCUCUUCCUGGCCAGCCGCAAGAAGGUCGAGUUCCUCAAGCAGGUGGCCCAGGGCAAGGGCAACGAGGGGGCCACCAACGGGCUGCCGGCCAUCACCCUGCUGGUCCGGGAGAAGAACGAGAGCAACAAGGCCAACUUUGAGAAGCUGAUCGAGGCGCUGAGGGGCAGCCGGGGCGGGCGGCGCCUCGGCGUCUUCUCCAAGGACAAGUUCCCCGGAGAGUUCAUGAAGAGCUGGAACGACGCCCUCAGCAAGGAGGGCUUCGAGAAGAACGAGAGCAACAAGGCCAACUUUGAGAAGCUGAUCGAGGCGCUGAGGGGCAGCCGGGGCGGGCGGCGCCUCGGCGUCUUCUCCAAGGACAAGUUCCCCGGAGAGUUCAUGAAGAGCUGGAACGACGCCCUCAGCAAGGAGGGCUUCGAGAAG